AUGGAACCCAAGCGCCAAGACAUUUCGACGCGCCGCGCUCGACUCCAGCAGGAAGUUGAGCUGCUCGCGCAGCUCCGCAAGCUUGAUGAGGAGGAAGACCGGCUGAACAGUUCCUCUAGUCACAUCAAGCCAGAGAUCAAGUUGGAAGACGGAAGCGACGAGGUCGUCUUCGUCAACCAGCAGCGUCGCCAACCACAAGAUGUUGCGCCACAGACCCCGAACUCUUUCAUGCCGUACAGCGAGCGACAGCAGCCUGUCCGGAGCUACGGCGGCUCGCCACAGGAGUCGCGGGACCAGGGCGAGCAGAACACCAUGGUCGCGCAGCCGGCCGCUCUCCAAUCCAACUUCCCGCCUACCAACUACCAGCAGGGCAACGCCCCACAGGGCGGCUUUCAGCAAGAAGAUUUCCAGCAGGGCAACCUCCAGCAGCCUAACCUCAACCAGAGUGGCCAGUACGGUGGAGCCAUAGGUCCGCCGCCACGUCCGACCCCCGAGAAGCAGCAACCGAAGAUCAAGAACGAUUUCCGUCCUCCACAUCAGCAGUUUCCGUCCAUUGUGCGGUCCAUCGACGGUGCUCGCUACGUGGAGCUGCGUUGCUAUUUCUGCGGAGGCAACCACUCCACGAAGCAUCGCGCUGGUACAUUCUUCGCAGGCGCUUCUGGACUCGCGAACCACAUCCGCAUCUGUGAGUAAAUCAUGAUCCACGCGAGCUCGACGAUAGUUAACGUCCCGUUUCACUAGGUCACAUGAGCCAGUGGCCAAAGGUGUCUGGAGGUAAGGAGCUCAACAACGUGGAGGUCGUGCGCUUGUGCACAGCGAGGCAGUUGGAGGGAUGGCAGGUCGAUCAGAUGGUGCGAGGUAAGUCUUUCGCCGGAAGUCCUAUUCGCCCGCAAGUAGGAGCUGACACGGCCAUAGGCAACAAGAAGGCCUACAAGAUCCCGCAGGUCGACGCUCAGGUCAACGCAGAGGCCGGAACGAUGGUCACCAAGUCCCGCCAGCCCCGCAAGCGUAAGGCGGUCUCUGAUGCUGCUGCUCGACUGGCCGCAGCUGAGAAGGAGGAGGUAAGUACCUACCCAUCCAUGAGAUUCACAAUGAGAGAUGAACUAGGGACCAACCUUUCGCAGGAGCUCGCCGCCGCCGAGACCCUCGCCAGCUUGCGCAACAAGAGUCGUCGUACCUCCUACCUGCAGCCGAGUCCAAGCCUGCAGCGCUUCACCUCUCCCGACACGUAUCCUCCGCUCUCGACGCAAGACCCGCUGAAGGACGAGGAAGACCACGAGACGAAGGAGUCUACCACCCCAUUUGCAGACCACUCCGAAGACGAUUCCUCAUCUUCCUCCUCUGAUGACGACGAAGACGACGACGAUCCCAUUCGCGGCCCACGUCGUAUGAUGCCGCCGCCUCCUCCACCUCCGGCGCCAGAGCCGAAGCGCAUGAUGGCCGCGCGCAAGAGUGCGCCUGGUGGUCCAUCGGCUCGCUACUAG